GUUUAAACAGGUCCAUCUCAGCAGAACUUGGUUUUAGCGUUGGUUGAGUUUAGCCUGGCGUCGUGCUUACCAGAUUGCUGUUAUCAUGAAUAUAUUCCGGUUUCUUGGAGAUGCUUCACAUUUUGCAGCUAUUAUAAUUUUACUACUGAAGAUUUGGAAAACACGAUCUUGUGCAGGUCUGUCAGGACGUAGUCAAAUUGCAUUCGCUAUUGUAUUCACCACACGUUAUGUUGAUCUUCUGACAUCUUAUGUGUCUCUAUACAAUUCUCUCGCAAAGAUCAUCUUCAUAUUUUCAUCUUAUGCGACAUUGUAUUUAAUAUAUUUUAGAUUCAAGGCUACAUAUGAUGGAAAUCAUGACACGUUUCGUUUGGAGUUCCUUAUUGUUCCGUGCGCUCUACUAGCAUUGAUUGUCAAUCAUCGUUUUCAAAUUAUUGAGUUGUUGUGGACCUUCUCCAUAUAUUUGGAAUCAGUUGCCAUCCUGCCGCAAUUGUUUCUUAUUAGCAAAACUGGAGAAGCAGAAACCAUCACUUCUCACUACUUAUUUUCGCUUGGUUCUUACCGUGGUCUGUACAUCCUCAACUGGAUAUAUCGGUAUUAUGUCCAGAACUAUUACGAUUUGAUAGCCAUCUCUGCGGGUGUUUUGCAAACUUUACUAUAUUGCGAUUUUUUCUACUUGUACAUAACUAGAGUUAUUAAGGGCAAAGCUUUUGCUCUUCCAGCGUAGUAACGUGACCAAAUGAAUAGGCCAUCCCGAUUCAUGAUAAUGCUAUAGUAUGAACUCCGAUUCCUUUUCACUUGUUUCUACUGUCGGAUCUGGGAAGCUCCAAAGUACUGUUUAAUCGAAGACUCCAUUUGUGUUCACUGGAUCAGUGGUUGAAUCUGUAGCCAGAAGCUUUGAAGUAUCAAACUUGUAAUACAUCCUAUGACAUUCACCACUGACGUCUUGAUAUCUGUACUUUCAAAUCAAAUUAGAAAUGAAUCAGAUACGAAAGUUUAUGCAGUUAGUAUUUGGAUUAUAUUUACAGUUGAUAUUCCAAUCAAAUAGUGGGGAUGAUAAGUCCGGUUUAGUAGCCUUCAGACACAAUUAAGCUAACACUCAAAUGAUCGGAUGGUUUACACGGUAAAGAUUAAAGACAUCAGAAUUGCAAAUAAAAUUGGUCCAAUUCUUGUGAAUCAUCUACCGACCCUGCACUUGAGUUACACUUCUGUUUGGUACUCAGAAUCUGCAUUGAAGAGUUGGGUAAGCCUAAUUCCCAACAAAUGGCGCACUAACCUAUCCUUGGUUGUUGGCUACCGUGAGGUAGCAUCUUGACGUUGCUUCACUGCCUUUUGGAUUGGAUCUUUAGGUCAAUCGCUCAAGCACCCCAAAGAAACUGCCUACUCCAGUAUUGCCACCUGAGAUCAUUUUGGUUCACAUAAAUGGUUACAACUGAGAACUGUACUUCAAUAUGAAUUCUCACGAUUAUAUGACGGCGACAACCUACUUUACUGAAUAUCUCUGUUCCAUUCCACUCUUGUAUACUC